GGCCUGCCCAGUCAGAUUUGGAGGAUGUGGCAGGGCGUUCCAUAAAUUAAGGAGUAAGAGGUGCUGAAUACCAACCCAUGAAUUUUCAAGUGGGUUUUGUACCAACAGGAGAAUUGCAGCAACAUGGCUUCUUUGAACUUUCCCCAUGUGGUGAUAAAGCUCGAAGAUGAAGAGGUCCCCUGGCUGCCAAACAACCAGGGAUCGGAGGAAAGCGAGACCUUCACUGGUACCUGCUCAGCAGGAUUUGCCAUUCCCAAAUCUGAGGUGGUCCAUGGAGGAGAUCCAUGGAUUCCAGAGCCUGUUUCAGAGGAAAGGGAGAUCCCAACGGACUAUGGGUCAGAGCUUCCUGAUGUGAUUGUGAAGCUGGAGGAAGAAGAGGAGCCAUGCGUUCCGUAUCGCCAAGGAUCAGAGGGAAGCAAAAUACUCCACGAGGCUCUCUCAGCAGGAGAUGGCCGUGAAAGAAUCCACGUGGGACAAAUGCCAUAUUACUCAGGGUUUGGGAAAAGCAUCAGCGUUAACCCGAAUCUUAUCAAACAAGAAACGCAGAAUGCAGCAGAGAAGCCUCACAAAUGCUCGUGCUGUGCAAAAAGCUUCAUGAAAAGAUCCAACCUUCGCACCCACGAAAGGAUCCAUACGGGAGAAAAGCCAUUCCGGUGCUCCGAGUGCGGAAACAGCUUCAGCGAUGGGUCCAGCCUGAUCAGGCAUAAGAGGAAACACACUGGGGAGAAACCCUACAGCUGCUCACAGUGUGGGAAGAGAUUCAACCAGAGUUCCAGCCUCAUCAGGCACGAGAGAAGCCACACAGAACAGCGUCCUUACAAAUGCUUGGAGUGUGGCAAAAGGUUCAACCAGAGUUCGACCCUGGUUCGACAUCAGAGAAUCCACCGAGAACAGAGACCGUAUAGAUGCUCAGACUGUGGCAAAAGAUUCAUUCAGAGCUCUAGCCUCCUUGCACACGAGAGAAUCCACCUGGGGCAGAAACCUUACGGUUGUGCCGUCUGUGGCAAGGGCUUCGUUCAAAGAUCGAACCUUCUUAUCCAUGAGAUGAAGCACACCGGUCUGAAACCGUUCAAGUGCGCUGACUGCGGGAAGGGGUUCAAUCAGAAUUCUAGUCUCGUCAUACACCGGAGAAUCCACACAGGAGAAAAACCGUACAACUGUUCCCACUGCGGACGACGUUUCAGCGACAAAUCGAGCCUUAAUAAACACGAGAGGGCUCACCGAGGAGACAAACCAUACAAAUGCUCAACUUGCGGGAAAAGCUUUGUGCGGAGGUCUCAUCUUCUCACCCACGAAAGGAUUCACACGGGAGUGAAACCAUUUAAGUGCUCGGACUGCGGGAAAAGCUUCAGUAGCCGAUCGCACCUCAUAAGGCAUGAGGGGACGCACACUGGAGAAAAACCCUACGACUGCUCUUUUUGUGGGAAGAGUUUCAACAGGAAAUCAAACCUGACAAACCAUGAGAGGACCCACACAGGAGAGAAGCCCUUCAAAUGUUCGGACUGUGGGAAGAGCUUUAGUGAUCGGUCGAGUUUGAUCAAGCACGAAAGGAUCCAUACAGGCGAAAAGCCAUACAGUUGCUCGGCGUGUGAGAAAAGCUUCAGUGACAAAUCAAGCCUCAUCCGCCACGAAAGGAUCCACACAGAAGAGAAGCCGUAUAAAUGCUCAGACUGUGGGAAGGGGUUCAAUCAGAGCUCCAGCCUCAUUGUUCAUGAGAGAACCCACACGGGGGAGAAACCGUUUAAAUGCUCAGAUUGCGGGAAAGGCUUCAUUAGGAGAACGAUCCUUAACAAACAUGAGAGAACUCAUGUGGGAGAGAAACAGUAAAGGCUGGAAUUAUGGGGGAUGACUUGAUAGGAUGAUGGAAUAUAGAUACAAGUGUGCUCUUGCAAUACACAGGAGCUAUUGUAUGAUGCUGGCUGUCAGAUUAACUUAAGAAGACAUUGAAGGUCCUUCAUGUAUCUCUCACAUUUUCACCCAGUGGCAGCUGCAAUGGAGGCUGCUUUGGGCUGCUCCUAGCAAAGGGUGUUAACACUGUUUUCCCAUGAAAUCUCCGCACACACACCCUUUCUCCUGCCCAUUUCUUGUUACAAUGCAGCCUUCAGGACGUGCUCUUUGCCCCGAUAGGGGAAAUGUACAUUUCCACCUUUUGGGAGUAAAGAGUACCUCUGGACAGAGCUGAUUCCCAUCUAGAAGACUCAAGUUAUUUCAUUAGCGUUUGGGGCGGGGGGAGCUUCUGGAGUUCUGGCUCAGCUGGUGGACCUCCUAAUGGCAUCUGAGUUUUGGCCAUUGUGUGACACAGAGUGGUGGACUGGAUGGGCUAUUGGCCUGAUCCAACAUGGCUUCUCUUAUGUUCUUUUUUUAAAAUCCCAGCUGUCCUCCAGCAAACUCAGAGCAACUUUUUCCCUCCAUUUUCUCCUCACACCAGCUCUGUAUUGUGGGUUAGCUGAAAUGGGCAGGGGGAGGGGUUCUGUCCUAGAUGAGUCCCCUACCCCACCCUACCAUCAUGGCAGCCCAAAUUAGAGGGCCUCCCCAUAACUGAUGUGUUUAACAAAUUUUGAUGAGAGAUCUGCUCACAGUCCGCCAACAUCAGUCUGGCUUCAAGAGGCUGUGAAACCUGUCUAAAUAGCAUCUUUGUUUUGAUUUAGGAGGCCUUAGGCAAGCUAUUCUGUCUUGGCUUUGGCACCUCAGGUCCCCUGAUGAGAUGUGACUGUGUUUGGUACAGUCCUAUGUAGCGGUUACCUCACUGAAAUUGGUGGGCUAAAAACAACUCUGUGUAGAAUGUGAUUAAGAAACCAUUGUAAUCCAACCAUGAUUUAGAAGUUUGACAAAGAUAACUUUAAGGGGUGGGGUGGGGGGAGUUAUGUUAUUUGAGGGGAGAAAAUGGACGUUUUGGUUUUAAACGAAUGAGUUUGCUUUGCGAGACACAGGCUGCAAAAAUAACAAUAUUUGACGUAGGUAAAAUAGGACAUAAAGAGUGUAUUUUUGUAAAAUGACAAGUAUCUAGACGAAGGCUGCUUUAAAAGAAUUGGUAUGGGAUUUGUGAUGGACUAUAAAUAUACAUCACUUGGACAGUAGCACUGAUAUCUUUUCAUAUGCAGAGUUAUUAUCUAUAAAAAGGGGAAUGUACAAAAUGGCUUCCGAACUGAUACAAGACUGAGGUACGCUCACACUUGACACCAUACCUGUUUUGUACCCUGUGCUUUUUCCCUGCCUCACCCUUUGAAACCACCCAGGAAGUUCCAAAGCUGAGAAAGAUUGUUUUAUGGAAAAAAGAUUAUUCUGGUGUUUUUUUUCAAAAAUACUUCAUUAUCUAUCCUAAUAAAUCACUUCUAAAUGCUG